GGUGGCCAGCCAGCCCGGAGAGGAAAUGCAGAGCACAGUCAACUACCUGUGGCACACGGACGACCUGCUGGGGCAGGGCGCCACCGCCAGCGUGUACAAGGCCCGCAACAAGAAAUCCGGGGAGCUGGUUGCCGUGAAGGUCUUCAACAUCGCCAGCUACCUGCGGCCCCGCGAGGUGCAGGUGAGGGAGUUUGAGGUGCUGCGGAAGCUGAACCACCAGAACAUCGUCAAGCUCUUCGCUGUGGAGGAGACGGGGGGCGGCCGGCAGAAGGUGCUGGUGAUGGAGUACUGCGCCAGCGGGAGCCUGCUCAGCGUGCUGGAGAGCCCCGAGAACGCCUUCGGGCUGCCCGAGGACGAGUUCCUGGUGGUGCUGCGCUGCGUGGUGGCCGGCAUGAACCACCUGCGGGAGAACGGCAUCGUCCACCGCGACAUCAAGCCCGGGAACAUCAUGCGCCUCGUGGGGGAGGAGGGACAGAGCAUCUACAAGCUGACGGACUUCGGGGCCGCCCGGGAGCUGGACGACGAUGAGAAGUUCGUCUCAGUCUACGGGACUGAGGAGUACCUGCACCCCGACAUGUAUGAACGCGCAGUGCUCCGCAAGCCCCAGCAAAAGGCGUUCGGGGUGACCGUGGAUCUCUGGAGCAUCGGGGUGACCCUGUACCAUGCAGCCACCGGCAGCCUGCCCUUCAUCCCCUUUGGCGGGCCGCGGCGCAACAAGGAGAUCAUGCACCGGAUCACCACAGAGAAGCCCCCCGGGGCCAUCGCGGGCACGCAGAGGCGGGAGCACGGGCCGCUGGAGUGGAGCUACACCCUCCCGGUCACCUGCCGCCUGUCCAAGGGCUUGCAGAGCCAGCUGGUGCCCAUCCUGGCCAACAUCCUGGAGGUGGAGCAGGCCAAGUGCUGGGGCUUCGACCAGUUCUUCGCGGAGACGAGCGACAUCCUGCAGCGGGUCGUCUUCCACGUCUUCUCGCUGUCCCAGGCCGUCCUGCACCACGUGUACAUCCACGCCCACAACAGGAUAGCCAUCUUUCUGGAGGCCGUGUAUGAGCAGACCAGUGUGGCCCCCCGGCACCAGGAGUACCUCUUCGAGGGUCACCUCUGCGUCCUCGAGCCCAGCCUCUCAGCGCAGCACAUCGCCCACACGACGGCGAGCAGCCCCCUGACCCUCUUCAGUGUGGCCAGCGAGACCCCCAAGGGGCUGGCCUUCAGGGACCCUGCUCUGGACAUCCCCAAGUUUGUCCCCAAAGUGGACCUGCAGGCAGAUUACAACACAGCCAAGGGCGUGCUGGGCGCCGGCUACCAGGCCCUGCGGCUGGCACGGGCCCUGCUGGACGGGCAGGAGCUGAUGCUGCGGGGGCUGCACUGGGCGGUGGAGGUGCUCCAGACCACAAGCAGGCGGACGGUAGAGGUCACGCGGACGGCCCUCCUCUUCCUCAGCAGCAGCCUGGGCACCGAGAGGUUCGGCGGCGUGGCUGGGGUGCCUGAGGUCCAGGAGCUGAAGGAGGCGGCAGAGCUGAGGUCCAGGCUGCGGACUUUGGCCGAGGUCCUCUCCAGAUGUUCCCAAAAUAUCACAGAGACCCAGGUGGGCCUCAGCAACCUGAGCUCGGAGCUGGCGAAGAGCCGGGAUCAGGUACAUGAGGACAGAAGCAACCAGCAGAUCCAGUGUUGUUUGGACAAGAUGAACCUCAUCUACAAACAGUUCAAGAAAUCUAGGCUGAGGCCAGGGCUUGGCUACAACGAGGAGCAGAUUCACAAGCUGGAUAAGGUGAAUUUCAGUCAUCUGGCCAAAAGGCUCCUGCAGGUGUUCCAGGAGGAGUGUGUGCAGAAGUAUCAGGAGUCCCUGGUCACGCAUGGCAAGCGGAUGAGGGUGGUGCACGAGACCAGGAACCACCUGCGCCUGGUGGGCUGUUCUGUGGCCGCCUGUAACACAGAAGCCCAGGGAGCCCAGGAGAGCCUUGGCAAGAUCCUUGACCGGCUGUCUCACCAGCUCCUGCAGGACAGAACACAGGGCCCUCCGGCCUCACCACCCGCCGUAGCUCCUUGUCCUACACCGAAGGACCUGCUUUUCCACAUGGAGGAGCUCUGCAAGGAGAUGAAGCGGCUGGCGUUUGACCUCCAGGACAACAACCGCAUCAUCGAACGGUUAAGCAGAGUCCCAGAAGCUCCUGAUGUCUGAGCUCCCUGGGGUGCACGAGGCUUCCUGAAGCAUUAGAAUGAUUCAAACACUGCUCUCCUGCACUGUGGGACCCAAGCCAGGGCGAGAUCUGGUCCCAUCUCACCAGCCUACCUCCCUCCUGGCCAACGGCCGGGAGAUGUCACCAGCAUUAUCUUUCGCUGCCUUUUUCCGCGGAAGCAGCGCAGCCGGGACUGGGGCACCAGGCCGUCUCUGCCCAGACCCACAGGGAGGAGUGUGGCGGCCACUGCCUGGGCUGACCUCUCUGUCUUAUCCAGACUCAGAUACUGCUCCUCUGUCACCCUGGCCUGUAUGGCUGAACCUGGCCAGGCCGUGGGGACAAGUGUCUCCAACAUGCCCUCCCACCCUGCCUCUGGUUUACAGGGCUUCACUCCCUGGGGAACAGCAGAGGAGACCCAGGGUUCUGGGUCAAACGGCCUCAUCUCAGUGUUCCUUCCUCCUGAGGAGUUUCACGUUGGACACAGCUUGUCCUGGGGCUUCUGGAGUCACCACGUUCGGCCCCAGGCAACACAGAGCCUCAUUUUCCUUCUAGUCGUGCUCUGGCUGAGCCUAAGAUUGAGCAAAUGAGUGAUCCAGGCCAGGCGGCAGUGUCUCGGGGACCCUCUCCCGCUCUCUGAGGCCCCACCUGGCCCAGCGACACGCAGCCAGCCAGCAGUAACAGGUGGCCACGCUCGUGAGCACAGGCCUGUAAGCCAGCACCCGCACCUUCAGGAAACGGAAUAAACGCCUUCUUUUCUACUGCCGUCGCCCUCUGGGCUGUGUCUGGCAGGCUCUCAGUGGUAGCCGCUUGGCAACCGAGCAGGGCCU